AUGUUGCGCCUAAACAAUGCAAGACUUUUUUUCAAAAGUAAAAUUCGAUUAAGUGGUGGAAAGCAGCAUCCCAAAUGGGUUGUAAAGGACAAAGAAAAGUAUAACAUAUAUACGUAUGAUAAUUCCUACUAUGGAGAAAACUUCAGAUAUAACAAUUUUAUCCUACAUUUAAGAUCAUACAAGUACUACAUUGACUACAUAGUAGAGAACAUUUACAGAUCUGUUAAGAAUUGUGGGAAAUGUUUUUUCAAUCCUGUGAAAAAUAUUAUAUUAAAACACAACCCAGAUAUUCGUUACCAGUUAGUAGCCCUUAUGGCUUUUUUCGGAACCACAUCAGCCAUAACAUGCUACCACAAUGGCAUCUACCAGAACAUUAUUGAUGUAACAAAUAUGCUGGAGUUAGGUGUAGUAGAUGACAUGAAGGACAACAGUUUUUUCGACACGCAGAGCGAAAUGCAGAACAAAAAUAUCGAUGAUUAUAGUAAGGACCAUGAAAGAUUGAGCGACUUGUGGGAAAAGGCACUGAAAGACGCGACGCAGAAAAAUAGCUUUGAUCAACUGUGCAGCUAUUUGGUCAUAGAAGAUGGUGAACCCAUAGUAAACUUUAAGCCCAAGCAUAUCUGGAGAUAUAAUAUGAUUCCCUAUGGAGAAAAUAACCCAGACACGAAGACGUUUGAAGUUCCUGCACACGAGAAGCCCUUUAGAUCCUUUGCAUUAAACUUUACAUAUAAUAAUCUGUCAGGAAAUUGGGGAGAUUACAUUGACAGAAGAGACAACAAGGGAUCUUUGCUAAGACCAUCAAGGUACAUGUUCACGGAUGUAAUAAUACCCGCCACAAAAUAA